CCUCAUGAAGUUGUGUGGUGGAAAGUUGGUGUGAGAUUUCACAGUUCGCGUCGUUGUUUGUGCGGCUUUCGUGUUCACUAAAAUGCUGAACUAGCCGGAGCAAAGGUUAGGACGCCAGCGCUACGCAAGAAGCAGCAGCACGAAGUCUUCCCUUGAACGUUUUAGAUGACCGAGAGUGCUCAGUGUAGAUGACCGGCUAACCCAAGUCACGGUGGGAUUUUUCACGGCAUGAGAGUCACCAGGGGCUGCGCGCACUGGGGAUAUCCAAGGCGCCGGUAGUGCGCACCCACUGGAGCACCGGUGGGUGGCAGGCGGACGGACGGACUCGCGGUAGGGUCGGUCCCCUCCUGAUGACAAAGUGGGUGACCCGACCGAUGAAUUACUCGGGAGGAGCUUUCGCCCGAGAGCCAAGAUGAUUGUGGCGUUUUUCCCUUUGAAGAAGCUGAGGCGCAAUAGCAAAUAUCUUCUGUUCGCGGCGAUUGUGCUGGUCGGAGUUGUGGCCGUCUAUCAUGAGAUGGCUGCUGCAAAAGCAUGGAGCAGUGAUACCAGUAUGAAUCCUAACGCUGACGGUAGCAGCUGGAGGAGAGCCGUGCUUGACGACAGGGUCAGAAGGGACCAUCAACCAAACCCUGUGGAGGAUUCAGUUAAUUGGAGGUCCAGCUUCACUCCACAAACCUGGAAAGCAGAGUACAAGGGACAGGCCAAUCUGCACGUCUUUGAGGACUGGUGUGGCAGUUGUACAGCUGACCUCUACAAAAACCUGCACUACCCGCUGUAUCCUCAUUCCAGGACUACAGUGCAGAAGCUGGCUAUCUCUCCUCAGUGGACAAACUACGGGCUCAGGAUAUUUGGAUAUCUACAUCCAUAUGCUGACGGAGAGUUUGUGUUUGCUUUGAGCUCUGAUGACAACUCUGAAUUGUGGCUCAGCACAGAUGACUCUCCCCUUAACUUGCACAUAUUGGCAUGGGUUGGAAAGACUGGCACAGAAUGGACAGCCCCGGGAGAGUUUGAGAAGUAUGCCAGUCAGAUCUCUAAACCAGUUUGGCUAUCUGCUCAAAGGAGGUACUUUUUCGAAGUCAUUCACAAGCAAAACGACAGAGGGACUGACCAUGUGGAGGUGGCAUGGCAGCUCCUGGACCAAGGCUUUAGUUUCCAGGUUAUUGAAUCCAAUCACAUCUCCCUCUAUGUUAACGAGUCAGCUUUGUUAAUGAGUGACGUAGCCCACAUACCACAGACGACUGCAAGCCACCAGCACACCCCCACAAAACAGCAGAAUGUUGCAGCAGACAUGCUGAGGGAUGACCCGCGAGACACUCUGUACCAAUUGCCUUUGAUAAACAGCAAGUUUCUACAAGAUGUCCUGCCUGACUGCUCGUAUAAACCCAGCUACACAAUAAAAGACUUUCCUCUCCUCCGCUACCAAGGACUGCAGUUUGUCCACAUGUCCUACAUCCACCCCAAAGACUACACCCGACUUACACACAUGGAGACAGAGAGCAGCUGCUUCUACCCCGAAAGCCCCUACUACAUGAAGAUGUUUGGUUUCUCUAGAUACAUGAGAUUAGAUCGUCCUGAUAUGCAGGGAAAAGGAAAUACAGGACGAGAUUUUGGUUUCAAGAGGAGGAAAUCAAUGCUCGAUGAAGAGGAUGUGUUUGACAAUGAAGCCUAUCAAAGAGAAAAGGAAGCCAGGCCGGACCAGGUGGAUAACGCCCUUUUCCCAGAUUAUGGUGAUGAUUAUGAUGAUUAUGCUCAGAGACGCAGGCGCAAACUCUUCUCCUUAGUCAUGCAAGAAACUAACAACAUGCUGAAGAACAGCUCGGACACAAGACUGCACAUAAAUGAGUUGCAGCCUCAUACAGAGGAGUUGCAGAGGAGGCAAGGGAAAGACAGUGUCCCACAGCCUCAGCCAGAGCCACAGAAACAAGCUGAGCCUCUGCAGUCAACACAAGUCUCAAAACAUCACCCGCCCCUGCAACAAAACCUGAUAGAGAUGAAGCCAGAGAGUCAGGUUAAAAAAGCAGAACAGAUAAAACCAAAAGGAAGGUUAAGACCAGCAAAGAGACAAAUGCCCAAAUCAGUAAAGGCCGAUUUGAGACCAGUGGACAGGGAGCAGCUUAAAGCAAAGGAACGACCAGCAGUCCUGUCAGAGCAGCUCAAUUCUAAACAGCAUAAUAUCCAGAGGUCCCGUGGAAUUAACCAUACCCAAAUCCAGAGACACAAAGACUCAAAGCGUCAUUCUCUAGAGAGGGAUACUGCUCUGCUUGAAAAACCCGCAGUUGCCAAGCAAUGGAGGUUUGUAAUCGGAGAGCUCGAGCCAGCCACCACAAAGCGUUCUGCCACUCCCAAGAGAGACACGAGCCGCCCUGUAGGGAGGCUAAAUCAGAGGGACAGAGAUACCAGCAAAGACUUCAGGGAUGAGGAGAUUAGGAUGAAAAUGCCUCGACAGGGUCUAGGAAAUAGCAUCUACAGAGAAAAGUUGAGUGCUAAGGGCAAAAUGGACAAAAAGCAGUCGGAUAUGAAAGAAGUGGAGGACCAAGCGAGGGAAGAUGACAAGGUUCAUUACAGGCGGGAGAGUGCAAGAGACUCUCUGUGGGGACCAGGCGUAGACUUUGAAGGUGCGGAUGAUGAGGACUUUACCCCUGCGCCGGUGUUUGACACUGAGGUCAACUGGAGCCAGACCUUCCAGAUCAGCCACCUGGACCUUCAAGCACAUCGAUCAGAUUGGAUCGAGCUGCGCUGCAACAUCUCAGGCAACCUGCUUCUCCACUCCAGUGAUGCUCUGCCCUUGGUCAACGCUUUUAUGGACCAGCUCAAUGAAAAGCACCAUGGGCGGUUUACGUUGUCCCGUGUGGUUAACAUAGUGAAGCGCAUGGACGGGGUUCAGGGCAGCCGCUACCUUCUGGAGCUGGAGCUGAAAGAUGUGAACGGCCAGCUGCUGCGCCUGUCAUACUACAUCUACACUCUGAUUCGCCACAGCAGGCAACGCAGCAGUUUCCAACGGCCGAAACCUCAGCUGGUGCUGUGUAACCCGGUGGGCUUUCGCUGGAAUCCUGUUGCCACCGUCCACUUCAUAGUACCGGUGAAAAACCAGGCCCGGUGGGUGCAGCAGCUGAUUGUGGACAUGGAACAACUGUUCAGAAAAACUAGAGACGCCAACUUUGAACUCAUCAUCGCUGACUUCAACAGCACUGACAUGGAUGUGAGGAAGGCUCUACAGAAAUCCUCACUCCCCAGGUACCAGUAUGUAAAGCUAAGCGGGAACUUUGAGCGCUCUGCCGGUCUGCAAGCAGGUGUUGACCUUAUAAAUGAUGACCACAGCAUUGUGUUUCUUUGUGAUCUCCACAUCCAUUUCCCUCCCUCUAUCAUCGAUUCAAUCAGGAAGCACUGCGUGGAGGGAUACAUGGCCUUUGCUCCAAUAGUCCUGAGGCUGGACUGCGGAGCUACGCCAUUAGAUGCCAGAGGUUACUGGGAGGUCAAUGGCUUUGGCCUGCUGGGGAUCUACAAGUCCGAUCUGGACGCAGUGGGAGGAAUGAACACAAGGGAAUUCACGGACCGCUGGGGGGGAGAAGACUGGGAGCUUCUCGACAGGAUUCUUCAGGCCGGACUGGAAGUGGAGAGGAUCUACUUGAGGAACUUCUUCCACCACUAUCACUCCAAACGUGGCAUGUGGAACCGGCAGGUGAGGUCCAGCCACAGUUGACCUUGUUACCUGCCCGCUGCAAUAUGACCACGGUCGCCACGGUCACAACCACGGCAACCAGAGCACUUUAAGGUCCGGGCCUGAUUCCUACUACAUAACUGUAAUACCUGUUGACUGACAGAGGCGGUAACAUAGGAUUGGAUACUGUCUUCAUUCACGUCAUCUCUGUGAAGAAAAAAAAGUGGUAGCAGUGAAGAUCGUUGCUAAGGAGAUACUACUGAUAUGCUCAGAGUUUAUUUCACUGAAUGUACUGUUGACUACUGUGAGGGUACUGGUCGAUGAGUGUAAUUUUCAUUGACAAAUAAUAUUGCAAAUGAAGAUACAGCUGUGCAGUGCAUCAUGGUGCUGAUGAUCUGCAAUACUGGCUGCAAGGACCUGACCUGAUCCAAAGACAAAACACACAUUUAUUGACACACUCCAAGGGUGUAUACACACAAGUGUCCUAAUAAAAGAUCACAAGUCUUGCACAUGAGACCUAACGGUUUGUGACAAUAUAUGUGUUUCACUGCAGAUUAUGUAUGUGGAAAACACAGCCUUAUUUGUCACAUUGUAACUUAUGAAAAACUUUAUAUUUAUUUUAUCAAUGUUUGUAGGAUUAUUUUUUCAUUUGAGUUCAAUGUUAUUUCUAGAGAUGAUGACAUUUCAGAAACUGUACCUUAGUUGAGUGCCCGUCCCUAUUUGUUGUAUUAAAUAUUAAAUGUGCCUUCUGUUGUGACGGUUAUUCAGGUGCUGGGGCUACAUAGUGCUGUUUCUACACAGUCAUGAAAAGCCUUAAACUGGAAAAAUAAUUAUAUAUUAAAACGAUUUUCUUGAUCAUAUCCUUUAGUCAGAGAAGGACAGACAAUCAAAUUCAGGUUGGACAAGUAUGUUUGUGUUUUGCAUCACAGAUAGUUUGGCAUAUGAAAUAAUGAUCUAAUAUCAAAAAACUAAAACAAUGAGAAUUUCUGCCUAUUCUAGCCCUGCCUCUUACCAAAGAUAAUAGUUGAAAGUUGAGUAGAAUGACCUCUACAUUAUUCCUGUGUAGAAAAGUUGAAAAAAUAGAUGUUGUUUUUGACAUGACAAGCUAUUGAAAAUGUAUGUGUAAAUGAUGCUACAGUAUAGCAUUAAGGGCAAGAAUGUCCGGGCAGACAGCUGUCAUUGUUAUUGUUCUACCUGCUGAAUUGAAUCAUUUUCCAGAAGAAUAAUUGUUUGUUAUUGCUAUAGCUCAAAACCUGUUUUGGGCUCAGUCUAUGAAGCUUCCCAUUCUAACAGUGGGAUACAGAUAGGAAACAAUGGUUUGAGAAUUACCUUGUGUAUUUAUCAUAGUUCUAUUUUUUUUUUUUUUUUAUAUAUAUAUAUAUAUACCAUUGUUUUAUUGUUAUUUAAGACAAGACUAAUGGCAGCUUUUUUUUUUGAUUGUUCACAUUCCGGUUUGACAAAGUUGUGCAUUUCUUAGCCUUUUGAAGUUAAUACAUGUUGACUUGUUUCACUUGUCAUUCAGGGUGCUAUAAACCCAACACAAUUCUGGUCUGACGCCAGACUUUGCUGGUGGUUUUGAUUUGUAACACUGCCAAGAAAUGUGUGAUGUCACCCUCCUUCAUUUCUUGUUGUUUUUUUAGUAACAAAGCAUUGAAGCUUUGUAAAUGUGUUUUUUCGGUUUGGCCAGAAUGUUUGGUGUUUCCUCUUAUACUACUCCGUCAUCUCUUACUUUGUUGUUUUUAGAUACACCUGAUCCCUCUCUUUGCUUCUGUACCUUCUCUCGAGUUUUUUUUCCCCCAUCUGACACUGCCUUGAAAAAUCUAAAGAAUAAAUCUCUUACCUUCAUUUCCAU